AAUUAAAGAAAACAUAUGAUAAGAUGGUGUUUAAAAAAUAUCAAAAAGAAAAAGGCGAAGGAGAAAGAAAACGCCAGUUACACUCCUGGUCAUGACGCGGUCAGUGAUGCCGUAGCCAAGGCGACCACAGCAGCAGACAACCGACACUCCAACCAUCAGACAACAAAUAUACAAAUUUUGUCGGAGUGUGUUACUCCGAUUUUUUCUCCUCUUUGGUGCCUUCACCGUCUGUGCAGUUCUGUGGAACGACAGAAGCAGGGAGGUGGUGGUGAUACGGUGGGUGCAGAGGGAAGUCUAGCAUCAAUUGCCAUGACUACAACAGGAGCCCAGUAUGCCCUCACAGCAUCCACCGGAGCUAAUGGCAGUGGGGGUAGCUCUACUACAGUGGGGGUGGAGCCUAAAUCAAGCGUUGUUGUUGUGACUACUUCCAGUUCCAGUGGUGGUGCUAAUGUAGCUCAAACUCAAUCUACCAGAGGCCAACAGCUUAUCACUGUAGUUACCAGUCCUGAUCCUUCAAGUCCAAGUAAUUUACAGCCCAUACAGUUGUUGGUUCAGGAUCCACUUGAAACAGCUGCAGAUUCUUCCAAUGGCUCAACAGGUACCUCAGCACAUGUUACAGCACAAGUAGUGGUCAAUACUACUCAUUCUGGUCAGCAUACAUUUGUUGAUAGUGACACUGCAUCUACAUCUGCUGGCACUAUUGUCAGUGGUUCUCCUCAUUAUAUAACAGUUACAGACACCAGUGAUUCACCAUCCUACGCAUCCCUCACAACGACAGUAGUAUCUGGGGAAGCAGAAGCAGUGGGGUCCGAAUCAGUGUCCCAUCCAACCUAUGUUCAAUAUGUUGAGGGGGAUGGUUCUACGUAUAUACCGGCGAAUAGUCAGAUGACAUAUCCAGUAUAUGCCGUAGGAGAGGCUGGUGCAAUGUAUACACCUGCCUCAAGUCAAUAUUAUACUCCAGCCUCAACACCAGUAACAUAUGCACAGGUCACAGCACAAGGAUCAAAUACUACUACUGGACAAUUAUUAUCUCAAGGCAAUGGCACUUACUUAAUCCAGCAAAGUGUUGUAGAUGGUGAUCCAACAACACAUACACUCAUAUCUGCUGCAGCUGCUGCUGCUCGAGCUAGUCCACAAACUGAAAAUGCGGAGGCUGUGGUUAGCGGGGGUGGCGGGGCAUACUUGAUCACUGGUAAUUCAGGAAGUGCUGCUGUUACCGUGGAAGAAGCAGCAGCUGCAGCAGCAAAUAUGACGCAUGCCACUAGGGUCUCCCAAGCCACAGUACAUUGGUUGUUGGAGAAUUAUGAAACUGCAGAUGGUGUCUCUCUUCCAAGGUCUACACUUUAUAAUCAUUACUUACGCCAUUGUUCUGAAAACAAACUAGAUCCAGUAAAUGCUGCAAGUUUUGGAAAACUGAUAAGAUCUGUGUUCUUGGGCUUAAGAACAAGACGGUUAGGUACACGAGGGAACUCUAAAUAUCACUACUACGGAAUUCGUGUUAAACCUAGCUCUCCUUUGGUCAUGCUGAAUGAAGAUGGUACAUCCCGUCAACAACAAACUACAAAUUCUCAAACUAAACGAUUUAAAUUUGUAAAUCAGAAGCCAGAUCAAGCAUAUGAAAGCAAUACACAUUCAAAUACAAACAUUUCUUCUAAUACCUCUCCACCACAAUAUCAUCAGUAUCUUGGUGAAGCAAGUGGUGCAAUACCUGAAUUUCCAGAAAUACUUGUUGGACAUGGUUCCUCUUUACCUGAAGACUGUACAUUGGAAGAUAUAGAUACUUUUCGUAGCAUAUACAGAGAACAUUGUGAGGCAUUUUUAGAUGCUGUUCUAAAUUUUGAAUUUGCAACUGUUGAAAGUCUUUGGAGAGAAUUUUGGCGUAGUCAGGAUAAUAAUAAUGGUGAUGAAUGUGAAGAAGAAAAAUAUUUAUCAAAGACCAAAUUAUAUCAAAUAUGUAAAUGCUCUGAAGUCCAAGAUUUUAUCAGGAAAGUAGAUUAUACAUUUUAUCAAAACUUAGUGGAAGUACUAAUGCCAAAUGUACUAAGACCAAUACCAAGUUCACUAACGCAGUCUAUUCGAAAUUUUGCAAAAGGAUUAGAAUCAUGGUUAAUUUCUGCCAUGGCUGAUUGUCCUGAAGAAAUGACCCAAAUUAAGUUAACAGCUGUCUCUGCUUUUGCUCAAACAUUAAGGCGAUAUACAUCAUUGAACCAUCUUGCUCAAGCUGCACGAGCAGUACUCCAAAAUUCUAGUCAAAUAAAUCAAAUGUUGGCUGAUCUUAAUCGAGUUGAUUUUCAUAAUGUACAGGAACAGGCAUCUUGGGUAUGUCAAUGUGAUUAUGGUAUGGUGCAACGUUUGGAGGCAGAUUUUAAAGUGACACUACAACAGCAAAAUUCAUUAGAAGAUUGGGCUAUUUGGCUAAAAAGUGUUGUAACGCAAGUACUCAAACCUUUUGAAGAAAAACCUACUUUUGCUAAAGCUGCACGUCAGUUUUUACUCAAAUGGUCUUUCUAUAGCUCAAUGGUUAUUCGUGAUCUCACUCUUAGAAGCGCUGCCAGCUUUGGUUCUUUUCAUCUUAUUAGGUUGUUAUAUGAUGAAUAUAUGUUUUAUUUAAUUGAACAUCAAGUUGCUAUAGCUACUGGAACAACACCUAUUGCAGUAAUGGGAGAUAAAAGUCAGAAUUGUCCAAUAAUUAAUAAUUUUGGAGCAACAUCUAAUGGCGAUACAUCUAAUACAAGUCAACCUAAACGUAUUAAGUUGAGCUAACUGCGUGCCUACGCUCUUAAGUUCGUGAGUAAAAAGAUAGAAGAUAAAAAGAGAUUAUAUUUGAAAUCAUGGCGUGCAAUUUUAGUUAAAAUAAACGUCAUAAUCUUAUAAUCUCAUAAAA